AUGGAAGACAUAGAUCUGCUGAAUUGGAUCGCGGUUCUGGUGGCGGCGCCUUACGGUGCGUUCCACACACCACGACGGGCCAGAUUCGUGGCCAAAUUGGUAAACCUAUGGGCCAAAAUAGACAAAGUGAACCCGGUAACGAAAUACAAAGAGCAUCGGCGAUACUCCGUGAAACUUCUCCUGGUAGCUUUUCUUGUUUUGUUGUUAAUCUUCGCCAUUGGUCUUUCGAUUAACUUUAAAGCAAUGUCAUUAGAAAUGAUCUUUGGAACUUGGAACAUUACUAUACUCAACUGUGUUUUGCUGGGACAUAGCCUGUUACAAGGGCAUCUCGUGCUCUCUAUAGGCGUCAGGUUAACUGCUUUAAACGACAGCUUGCUCGGUGAAGCGGAAAAAUUAAGUAUUGUUCCGGAGACUGAUUCGAUUGUCCACUACGAAUAUUUUCGUCGUCAAUCCGCUGCUGGAAAAGUGCUGAAACUGCUGAAAGCAUACAAAUACGUUCAGGAACUGGCCACCAUUUACAACGAAGGAUUUUCGUCGGAGAGGCUCCUGUUGGAUUUCACGGAUACAUUGGCGACAUACGAAAUUACUUUCGAUGCCCUCGGAUUUUUUGUUAUCGACAGGCACUUGUUCGUCUCGCGUUUGGUGCCUAGUGAAAGUUGUCCAAUUUUGCGCAAAAAUUCUGCGUUUCAGCUUUGUCGCGCAACGCUUUCGGAGGAGAACUAUAGGGCACUUCAGCCUUUUGUCGUCACGUGCAGACUGUUUUGCCUAUGUCCGAUAAAGUUCGAGAAGGUGGGCAACCAGUACCAACCCAAAUGGUCGCCGUGGUACUUGCUUUACAGUUAUUUCCUCGUCAUAAUCCUGUCCAUCUUUACCUUGGUGGGGCUCUCCGAAGACGUAAAGGCCGGUUCAAGCGCCAUCCGCAUGAAAGACACGAAGACCAUCUACAUCACAGUCUGUGAUUUCAGCACUGUAAUAAUCAUAGACGUCUUGGGGAUAAUUUCCAUCCCGUACAAGAUGAGACACCUCUGUAAACUGCUGCAACUGUGGAACGACAUCGACGCAACUGUUCCCAUAAACGACUACAAGAAGCACAGGAGACGAUCCGUAAUUUUACCGGCUGCAGUGUUAAUCGGUACUACAGCGCUAUUCGGCUACGACAUAUUCGUCUACACGGUCGUAGCCACCUGCACCAAAUGCUUAUUUCAGAAUUUCGGGGUGUAUUACUUCCUGUACUUCAUUAUCUUCUUCCAGGAGGUAUUCAUAGCGCACCUGCUCUAUUUCAUCUACAUCCGAAUCGAAGAUCUCAACAGGUGCAUCUUGAUCGAGAAGAAAAACAUAAACGUGGCCACGCGAAAGGUGUUCCUAGUGUCUUAUAUCGAUCCAGAAGACGCCGUGAGGAAAGAUAUCGACUCAAACCAAACAGCCCGCAUAAUGGAACUGAUUAAAAUUUACCAAAAAAUUCGCAAAUCCGUGUCCGUUUGGAGUGGUGGUAAGUCAGAGGAACUAACCAAGAUUUGUUGGUUGGUGACCCGUGAAUGAUUCCAGCUGCUUCUUUUAAGUUGCCUCAUCCAUUUGGUGGUGACGCCGUACUUUUUGGUGUUGGAGAUAAUUCAAAGAGACAACACCCUUUUUGUGGUUCUCUACGUUGUAUGGAUACUCGCCCACAUUGCGAGACUGCUGAUGAUCGUCGAACCCUGUCACAAAUGUCUUAAAGCGGUAAAUGUAACCAAAGCCCUGAUGUGCGAUAUGAUGAUGCUCGAUGUGGGUAAAGAAGUGAACAAAGCGGUCAAGAUUUUCAUGGAGCAUUUGUCCGUAUGCGAUAUCAGCUUCGAAGCUUGCGGGUUCUUCUACAUCAGUAGGAAUAUGCUGACUACGAUUUCCGGAGCGGUGGCAACUUAUUUGGUCAUUUUAUUUCAAUUUAAUUACGCAUUGGUUAUCCUCAUCGUCGGCUGCGUAACAGACUGGACCGACGACGAACACGCCUUACGGUUUAAAAAGUCCAAAAUACUGUACAUCGUAAUUGGUGAUAUCGGCACUGUGAUAUUCAUUACCAAAUACAUUUUGAUCUCCAUCCGAUCAAGGUGCACCCGUUUAAUCAAACUGAUCAGCCUGUGGAUUCAGAUCGAUACUUCUCUAUCCUUCACGAGCCAUAAAUAUUACAGUGGACUGUCCUUGCGGAUUAUUACUCUAGUAGUCCUUGCGGUACUAUCAAUGUUCGCGUUUGACAUCGGAGUGACUCUAAUGAACGGCAGUAUCGAUGCGGAAGUCUUUUUCUCUCGUUUGGGGGUGUACUAUAUUAUAUACUUGAUGUUCUACCUCCUGGAGCUGUUUGUAUGGCACGCUGUGUCGUUUACGCACAUUAGAUUGAUUUCUCUCAACAAGUGCCUUUUAAAUCUGAAACGAUAUCUCGUCACCAAUUCCCAAAAUAAAUUCCUUCGUCUCAAAAGACAGCAGCGGAAUGACUCGCGAUUGGCCAGAAGACUACUGACCCUGAUUAAAACGUACGGACAGAUUAGAGAGUGCGCUGUAAUUUUAAAUUCCUCUUUCGGAGUGUUCUUAUUGCUCCUAUCAUUUUUGGUACAUUUGGUGGGAACCCUUUACGUGUUGAUCCGGGCAUUACACCUCCAAGAACAUUGGCUUCCGAUAUUCCUACAAUUAGUAUGGGCGAUGGUUCACGCAACCGCCUGUAUGGUGAUUAUAGAACCAUGCCACCGAUGUUUGAGCACAGCCAGGAAGACCAAGGAAUUGGUGUGCUCGCUUUUGCAGCUGGAAAUUGACGGGAAAACCAGAAAAUUGGUGAAUCGGUUCCGACCUUUUGAUAUUGACAAACAGUCACUAGCUUCAAACGAUCCUUACAAGGACGUGUCAGCUUUCAAAAGUCUAAAAAAGAUUCGGAGACGUUUUCUUAUCCAGAGAAUCUGCCAAAUUUUGGACUUGUGUCCGAUCACGUUUAUCAACUUGGGCAAGAUGUACAGACUCGAAGUAUCGCCCCUUUCGUUGAUUCUGAGUUACACCCUAGCGAUUAUUUACGCUGUACUUUCUUAUGUCCACAUCUUCGUGAUACGAGAAUCGAUUGCAUCCUCUGACGGUAUAUACGCCAAACUUAAAUAUAUCGACCUGGGGAAACAUGUGGUGGUCUUGUUGUUGAUUUUGUACAGCAUGGUGCACACGCCAAGCAGGGCAGGGUUCCUCAAGAAAUUCUCCCAGAUUUGCCUCAAGAUCGAUCAAGCAGUUCCCCUAACCAAUUACCGACAGCACCGCAGAUAUUGCCUCAAAAUUAUUAUGGCAGGAUUUUUGACCACUUUACCCAUCAUUUUCUUCAACAUGGCGGUAAUAAGCACAAUAGACCCUCGCUCCGUGUUUAAGUCUAUCGCCUUCGACGUAUUAAAUUUAAUCUUUUUGUGCCACGGCUAUUUGCUGAUGCAUCUGGUGUUUCUUAUACGAAUCAGGCUGAUGGCGCUUAACGCAAGUCUGCUGGUCGAAACGGAAAGGUUGAAAUCUAUUUCGGAAAUGGUUUGGGUUGUGCCGAAUAGAAGCGAUAAAUCUGCAGUCGAUAAUAUUCUGAAGCUGCUGGGGUCUUACCGGCUGAUUCAGAAGCUGGCUCUCACUUACAAUAACAGAUAUUCAGUGGAUAUGCUGCAGAGAAGUAAUGCUGGUUGGUUGCUUAAAAAGGUGAAACACAUUUAUUCUUCUAAGCACAGAAGACUAAAACUAUCGCACUGGACUUUGGAUGUCGACGGCUCUACUAGAGAAGCGGCAGUUACCUCUGUCGAAUCGAUGGAAAUGAAUCUCACGGAAGAGCAGUUCGAAAUUCUACAACCUAUAAUAAUAACCAGCCGAGUAAUGGGAAUUUUUCCGGUAUCUUUCCUUAAAUUUGGUACCCGUUAUGAGUUAAAGUACUCUAGAGCCCUGCUAUGUUACAGCUACUUUUUGAUAAUGGCAUUAACCGCAUUCUUGGUAAGGGGAAUGCUAGUUGACUUGACGAUCGGAGAGCCCAACAUACGUCUAAAGAAGCCCAAAGUGGUCUACUUGGCCUUCUGCGAUAUAAACUCUGUCGUUUGCGUCGCCUUGUAUUCGAUGAUAUCGAACCCCUGCAGGGUGAGAAAUUUUUGGAAGCUGCUUAAAAUUUGGGCCCGAAUAGACAGUCAACUACCCAUCGUCGACUCUAAAGCGUACCGAAGAAAGUCCGUCACUGCUAUAGUCACCGUGGUGUUGGUCUCCAUGGCUCUGUUUUUGUUCGACGCGCUCAUGUCGAUAUCAGCUAGCGACACCGACAUCUUCGUCUUCUUCAGCCGCUACGGCUGUUUCUAUAUACUCUACUACAACCUGGUUUUCGUCGGGAUCUUUGUCUGGCAUUUGGCACUGUUCAUAAAUAUCAGAUUGGAUUCGUUGCACAAGCAACUGAUUGACGAGAGGAGAUACCUCAGCAGUAAGCUAACGUUUGUAACCUCUCGCAAACAUCUUAACUCGGCAAGAAGAAUGAUAGUGUGGCUCAGUAUGUAUCGCAAAAUUAAGGAUUCCGUUGACGUGUUCAACGACAGUCCAUCAUUUGGGGUGUUAUCUUUGACACUGAGUUGCCUGAUUCACCUCACCGUCACUCCCUAUUUCCUGUUAAUCGAGUUGGCUCAGAGGGGUGACUGGUUGUUUAUCAGUGUUCAGCUCGUUUGGCUUGCUGCCCACACGUCGACGCUGUUGUUGCUCAUCGAACCAUGCCACAGAUGUCUCAACGUGACCCAACUGAUCAACAGUUCGGUCUCCUCCCUUCUGAUGUUGGACAUCGACGAGGAAACAAGAAAAGCCGUCGAGAAGUUUAUGACGUACAUGGCCCACUGCAGCAUUAAUUUUAAAGCGAGCGGAUUGUUUACGAUCAACCGAAAUCUUAUCACAUCCGUCGCAGGAGUCGUUUCGACUUAUUUGGUUAUCAUUUUGCAGUUCAACAACGUUUCCUAAGAUUCCUUCGCAAUUCAUACCGUACAUCGAAAUUAGUGACCAGGUGCACACGUUUGAUCAAACUGAUCAGUUUGUAGACUUAGGUAUCGUAUUUAUCGUAUUAUUAUGGAUCGAUACUACUCCAUCCUUCAAGAGCAGCAAAUAUUUCACUGUUCUUGAUGAUUGUUACUCUGGUACCCCUAACUGUACUGCCAAUGUCCGCGAUUGAUAUCGGAUUGACUCUAUGGGACAACAGUAUCGAUCCGAAAGCCUUUUUCUCGCAUUUGGACGUGUACUAUAUUUUCUGCGCACUAUUUCUAAUUGAAUGUCAAUAAUUAAGGAGUCCACUUUAAAAAGAAAAACGGCUUAACUUCUCAGAUAUAGGGUAGUAAAGUUUUGAAUAAUAAAAUAUAUUCUUCUAAUAUCUGUAAUACCACUUUAGAUAUUUUAAUCAAAUUUGGCACACAUGUACUAUCCAUCAAUCCACAAUGUUUUAAAAAUACACCAGUGGCGGGAGUACAGAAUUUCACCUGUCUAUUUUUCUUAAAAUGAAAAUUAUUGUUAUAAUUUACAAUCAUUUCUAAAGAAAUUUAAUUUAUUGAUUUAUGGUCAGAAGAAUAUUGGCGUUUUUAAAAGCGGUGUAUUCUUGUUGCUCCUUUUAUUUUUGACCCAUUUGGUGGAAACUCUUUGCAUGCCACAGAUUCCUGAAUUUGGUAUGGUUAAAAAUGUUUUUAAUCACUGUACUUCAUAGGUCCGUAUAGUUGUUCGAGAUUUUGUAACCUUCUAAUUUUGCACCCGAUUUUUAGGUUUUUUUUUUCUUGCUCCUGUCGAAAAUUCAGGCUAAUUGCCCUUAUAAUUAAAUCAAAGUAAAUGCGUUGUUUAUUAGCAACAAAAUUUUAUGUAAAAAGAAUUUAACUAAUUGUUACCGUGCGAUAUUGCGAAAUUUUGUGUGUUCCUUGUCAUGUCACACUUUACUGAGUAAAUGUAUUCGUAAAUGUUUUGUAAAAUUGUACCCAAAAAUUAAUGUUCGUAGGAAAAACUUCUUUGAUAAACAUUCACUCCGCCCAACAUAAACUCGUGACUAAAGUGUCGUUUAUCAAACGUUAUACCCAUAGGUAUAUAAUGGGUACUGAGCACAGAACCAACUUAUUUUAUUAUUUAUUUGCCAAGUUCUUUAUUGUGUUAAAUUGUUUAUUUUUUAA